AUGCCCAAGUUCGUAAAGGAGCCCACGGACGAUAUAUGCAUUGCCACCAUCCGCGCUCUGGCCGCAGAUGUUGUAGGCAAGGCCAACUCUGGCCACCCAGGUGCUCCCAUGGGCAUGGCUCCAGUCGCACACGUCUUGUACUCAAGAUUCUUCAAUGCUAACCCCAAGGACUCGAAGUGGUACAACCGCGAUCGCUUUGUGCUGUCCAACGGACAUGCUUGCGCACUUCAGUACAUCCUGCUUCAUCUGCUUGGAUACAAGCUUUCCAUAGAUGAUCUCAAAGCUUUCCGUCAAGUCGACUCCUUGACUCCCGGUCACCCCGAGGCCGGGCACACGGACGGUAUUGAGGUCACGACCGGCCCUCUCGGCCAAGGUUUUGCGAAUGGUGUCGGUCUGGGUAUCGCUCAGGCACACAUGGCUGCUGUUUUCAACAAGGAGGGGUUCGAACUCAUUAACAACUACACUUAUGUCACCGCUGGUGACGGAUGUUUAAUGGAGGGUGUCGCGAGCGAGGCUGCUAGUCUUGCCGGACAUCUCCAGCUUGGCAACCUGAUUUAUUUCUACGACGACAACCACAUCUCCAUUGAUGGUGACACUGCUGUCGCCUUCACGGAGAAUGUGGAACAGCGCUUCCUCGCCUAUGGUUGGCAGGUACUCCACGUCAACGAUGGUGACAAGGACCUUGAGGGCAUCUACAAUGCCAUUGUCGAGGCACAGAAGGAGAAAAACAAGCCGACCCUCAUCCGCUUGAGGACGACUAUUGGCUACGGUUCUAAGGUUCAGGGCACGCACGGCGUCCACGGUACUCCGCUUAAGGCGGAUGAUAUCAGGGCGCUGAAGACCAAGUUCGGUCUUCCUGCCGAUCAGAGUUUCUACGUCCCUAAGCAGACGUACGAGAUCUACGGCAAGAUCGCUGCACGCGGUGCUGCUCUCGAGGAGAAGUGGAAUGCCCUACUCGCCUCCUACGGCCAGAAGUACCCAGCGGAGUAUGCAGAGCUUAUGCGCCGCAUUUCGGGCAAGCUUCCGGACGGCUGGGAGAAGGCGCUGCCGACCUACACUGCGGCAGACGCUGCACAGGCUUCCCGCAAGCUGUCCGAGAUCGUGCUGACGGCCAUCACGCCCAAGCUUCCAGAACUUAUGGGCGGCUCUGCUGAUCUUACAGGCAGUAACCUCACCAGGACGAAGGCGAUGACUGACUUCCAACCCGAGAGCACCGGGCUUGGUAACUACAAGGGCACUUAUAUCCGUUUCGGUGUUCGUGAGCAUGGAAUGGGCGCGAUUGCCAACGGUAUGCACGCAUACGGUGGUAUCAUUCCGUUCGUCGCUACGUUCUUGAACUUCGUUUCCUAUGCUGCUGGUGCGGUGAGGUUGUCCGCUCUCAGCAAGCACCAGGUCAUCUGGAUCGCGACUCACGACUCCAUUGGUCUCGGUGAGGAUGGCCCGACACACCAGCCGAUCGAGACUGCUGCUCACUUCCGUGCGAUGCCGAACCUCGAUUUCUGGCGUCCCGCGGACGGCAACGAGACCUCCGCCGCAUACUACAGCGCGCUGCAGCGCAGGCACACACCUUCCAUCCUCUCGCUGUCGCGACAGAACCUGCCCAAUCUCGAGACAUCAUCCAUCGAGAAGGCGCUGAAAGGAGGCUAUGUUGUGCACGAGGUGGAGAACGAGGACAUCACUAUUGUCAGCUGUGGUAGCGAGGUCAGCAUUGCGCUGGAGGCGGUCGCGCAGCUCAAGUCCGAGGGCGUCAAGGCUCGCGUUGUCAGCCUACCGUGCUGGUCGAUAUUCGACUCGCAGCCUGAGGAGUACAAGUUGAGCGUGCUCAGGAGUGGUGCACCCAUCUUCGCGGUUGAGGCUCUUUCUACCUUCGGAUGGCAGAAGUACAGCCACGAGCAAUUUGGCCUGUUCGGCUGGGGUGCGUCUGGUCCGUACAAGAAGGUGUACGAGAAGUUCGGCCUCACUGGUCCCAACAUUGCCUCGCUAAGCAAGAAGAUUGUUGCCUUCUACAAGCAGAAGGGUGGCGAAGUCGUCUCGCCUUUGGUCAAGGCACUCCAUUUCUGA